GCAAACUGAUGUGACACAUAGAACGAGGCAAUUGGUUAGCCGGCAUAUUUCGCCAAAAAGAAAAUUAGCAAAUAGUGGUGGAAGUUGAACUGCUUGCUCUAGGAAUUCGCAUUAAUAAAUUUGUCCACUUGUUCACGUAAUUUAUCAAGUGAAUCACUGCAAUUAAAGGUAUAUUUGUAAUGGCAUCUGUUCCUAAGAAAGUGAAAAAAUCCGAUGACGCGCUGGAAGACGAAUCGGAAGCGUUGGAAGCGAUCGACAGCUGUCAGAACGAGAUCGAUACGCUCAACGAGAAAGCGAGCGAGGAGAUUCUGAAGGUGGAGCAGAAAUAUAAUGCGCUGAGGAAGCCGUACUUCCAGAAACGGAACGAGAUCAUCAAGCGGAUUCCCAGCUUCUGGGUGACAGCAAUUGUAAAUCAUCCGCAGAUCUCCGGUAUACUCGAGGAGGAGGAAGAGGAAUGCCUGCAGUUUAUGGAGAAGCUGGAGGUGGAGGAAUUCGAAGACAUUAAGAGCGGUUAUCGUAUUCAUUUUUACUUCGAUGAGAAUCCUUACUUCGAGAAUAAGGUGCUGACUAAGGAGUUCAAUCUCGGAUCAAGUGGUGAAACACCUGUUUCAACGAGCACUGCUAUCAAAUGGAAGCCAGAUCGAGAUUUAACCAAAAUGUUGCCGAAAAAGGCUAUGGCCAACCGUCGAAAGCGUGGUCUUGAAUAUCGAACGUUCUUCGAUUGGUUCACGGAUAAUAAUGAUCCUAUCAAUGACGAUAUCGCCGAGCUAAUCAAGGAUGAUCUGUGGCCGAAUCCUCUCCAAUACUAUCUGGUACCGGAUAUUGAGGUAGAGCCGGAAGCGGAAGAGGAUGGUGCUGAUGAGGAUUUCGGUGACGAAGCCGAAGAGGAAGAAGAUGAAGUUGAAGAGGAAGAGGAGGAAGCUUAAAUCUUGUAGAGUGAGAGUUUGAGUUAAUUAGCAACACAUUUGAUGUAAAAUAUUUAGCUUUUCCUUGGCCCAUUCCCGCAAGGAUACAAAAGUGAAUGAUAAUAGUUUGUAGCAUCUGAGGUUCAGAAGUAAUCAUUUGCCAAUCAUAUGAUCUGCGAUCAUACAAAACAAGUGUAUAUUGUUUAUUUUCUCGUUUCUUAGAAAAGAUUCAAAGCAUAAUUUUGAGCCAUGAAACAAUAAUACUUCUAACACUGAAACUAGCAGUUAAACAGAUAUUCUGGAUACAUCGCAACAGUUAUUGUUCGAUUCAAACAAA